GAGUACUGGACUGACUAGCGGCCUUUUCGGGUCGUACGUUACUCUUCGUUUCGGCUACCCAGUUUUAUGGGCUGCAAAUGAAACCUAGUAUCAGUCUCUUGGCAUCACAGUGUAACCAUAUAAAUGCCACAAAAGCUAUUGCUCGUGUGUGCUUUGUACGAUUAUAACCGUCAACACACUGAUGAACUCUCAUUUAAGAAAGGUGAUUUAUUAACAGUAUCAAAACAAUUAGAAGGUGGUUGGUGGGAAGGUAGUUUGAAUGGAUACGUUGGUUGGUUUCCUAGUAAUUAUGUCACAUAUACUACUACUACUACUACUACUACUAGUCCAGGAGAUGAAAAGCCUAGUCCCACAACUGAUGAAAGUUUAUUGACUCAUUUACAAAAUUUUCAAAAUGAAAUUAUACAACAUAUACUAGAAGGUGAAUUACGACAAGUUAGUGAACUAUCUCAAUUAUUGUCAAUAUUUCUGAUUGAUUUGGAACCCUUACUUCAUUUAUCAUUUUUGAAUAAACUUACUCAUUUAAGAGAUAUAUUAAUUCAAACUAUUAGUAUACAUCAACAUUUGGCAUCAGCUUUAAGUGAAAUGAAACGUUCACAUGGACCAAAAUGUAUGGGUCGAUUAUUUUUAGAUUUUGCUUCAGCAAUUAAUGCUGUUGGUUGUGAUUAUUCAAAAAUUUAUUUACAUGUUAUCACUGGAUUAGAACAACAUGUUACAGAAGUAACAAAACAUAUGCGUUCAUUUAAUAUUAAUUUACAAUUACAUCAUUGUAAACAACAACUUACACUUGUAUUUGAACGUUUAAGUCGUUAUCCAUUACUGUUAAAAGAAAUGGAACGUUAUUUAGAGGAGCCGCAUAUUGAUCGAGACGAUAUUCUUCGUGCAAUGCAUGUUUAUGGUGAAAUAUCUGAAAGAUGUGCAAUUCUUAGAAAAUUUAAAGAAUAUGAUAUUAAUGUAUUAUUGUCAAUAAUAAAUGGAUGGCAAGGACCGCCUAUUCAACAAUUGAAUGAUCCAAUCUUAACGUUACGUGUUCUUUUAGUCAAUAUACAAUUACAUAAAUCCCAGCUGUUAUUAUCUCUGCCAGAUUUUAUUUAUACAGAUGAUAUAUUAAAAAGAAAAACACAGUUAUCAUUAUUGGUGAUAUUUCCUACUUGUGUACUAUUAUUGGCUAGAACAAAUCAAUCGAAUGUAUAUGAUUUUACUGCCAAAAUACCAUUGAACAAUUUAGCUGUGAUUAGUUCCAAUGAAAGUGAAACAGAUUUGGAAUUAUUGAUUACAGAUGCUCAUUCAAUGCAUGUAGUAGAUACAAUUCCAUGUCAAAUGACACUUGCAUGUACCGAUCAAAAUGCUCGUGAUUUAUUAGUAUCCACAUUAACUGAUUUAAUUCAAUAUCAAAUUCAUAAUGAACAACAAACCCCGAGUAUGGAUUCAUCAUGUCCUGUGAAAAUGGAGCCUAAUUCGGCAGAUGAUUGUUUCAAUUCACAAUUAAAUGCGAAUCCAUGUGAGACUAUGGUGCAAAACGCUUUGCCUGUACGUAAAGACAAUGUAGAGAAUGAAAAAUCAUUAAAAAUGACAGAAAAUAAUGAAAUCCCAAUUGAUCAUCAUCAUUGUGACCAGUCAAUAGUGAUGUCGUCGACUGUGUCCAUGAAAGAGUCAGCCAACAUCAAAUUACCACUUGAUUCCACCACUAAUGAUAAUUUGAUUGUUUCGCACAAUGUUGUCAAUAAAGAUGGCGAUUUUGUCAAUAGUAAUCUAACCAACAAUCACAUCACCACUAUACAUGAUACUAAUGAACAGUGUAUAUUAUCAUCAUUGAGAAAAAAGAAAUCACCUAGACCAUUGACUGAACCUUUAAAUGUGUGCGCUGAACAACACCAACAACUGAAACAACCAUUGACUAUUGAAUGUCAGUCAAACAAAAUCAUAACACCAGUGAAUACGUCUGGUAGUUUAAUUUCAACUUCUGAUUUAUUUACAUCAUCGUCAAGUUUACGAUAUUUACCGCAUAGAAUUACUAAUAGAGCUCAUAUUCAUUGGUUAGGUCAUGUUGCUGAUCAAUCAACAAUAGUCAGUAAACAACAUUCACCAUCUUCAACAUAUAAUCAUUAUUUAUCUGAUAGUUUUUCAUAUAAAACUACCACUUCUAAUGAACAAUUAUCUUGUAUUGAUCAUUUAAUUCAUCCAAUCAACUGUCUACGUAUUGAUGGUCCAAUGAAUUUUGCCAAAGAUAAUCAUGCAACGAUUGGUUCAGUGAAUACAUUAAAUAAAUUAGGUUUGUUUAUUGAUCAGCCCGCACCUGGUCUGUUAAUGGAUUCAUCUAUUGUCCAAUCAAAUCAAAAUAUUAAAUUAUUCGAAUCAAAUAAGGAAUCACGUCGUAAACGUGGUGAUCGUCAAAAAAGUGCUAUCACUGCAGAAGAUGUAUUACGUUCAACUGGAAAAAUUCAUGAAAAUGAAUUACGUACAGCUGAUGAUACAACAAUUUUACAAGUGAUUGAAGCAUACUGCGCUAGUUCAUGGAUGCACUACAAUUAUCGAGCAUUGGACUCUGGUAAAAAUGAAUCUCGACUAGGCAAUGGCUGUGGUAGUGGUGAUCAGGGGAUAUUAUCACCAGUGGAAAGUAAAACAUUACUGCAACAAUUUCGUUAUCCUAAAAAACUCUCAACAUCAUCAUCUUCAUCAUCAUUUCUCUCUUCUAUAUCCACAACACCAUUAUCAUCGGGCGCGCAUUUAAAACAAGAACAACAAACCGCACCAAUCACUGAAUUCUCUCGACAAAGUGCACCACUUUCAUUGUUCAAUUCAAAAGCAUCAUUAAAACGAUCUGAAUCCACAACAAAGAAUAAAUCACAAACAUCUUUAUCACAAAGCAGUGCUAAUACUACUACCACUACUACUAUGACGACGACGACGACCACCGCAGUUUACUUAAAUCAACACGUACCACCAAUUGAUAUGAUGACGAUGACCACCACUGGUGGUACUAAUUGUACUACUCAUUGUACCACAUGCGAUGAUCUUCCUGCGGCACUACAUCAAUCUGUCAAUUAUGCAAUCAAUACACAAUGUGAAUCAAUUUUGAAAACAUUCUCACCACCUCCAGUAAUUCUACCGACACGUAGUGGUCGACGUUAAUCGGCCAAGAAUGUGUUUGUUUGUUUAUUAACUUAGAUAUUAUUAUGAAUAUUUAUUGACUUGAAUUGAAUUGAUUUCAUAUUUCUAUUCAUUUUCAUUGAUUUUUCUGUUUUGAAUAUAUUUUCUCGCCUUUUUUGUUUUACUGUUCAUUUGUCUCAUGCUGGGUUUAUUUAGUGAAUUUUAGUUGU